UUUUAGACAAUUUUGUGCUGCUUUUAGGAUCUGAAUUAUUUAAUGGGUUAUAUCGUUGCCCGUGGGUGGCACAUUGACCAGAAUCUUUUUGUGGUCAAAAGUGAUGGGGAAGGCUAGAUCUGGGUUCAAUAAUCUGUGGGGGAAAUAUGAGAUUAUCAUAUGUUUUUUAGCUCAACGAGAAAAGUUUAAUGUCAGUCUGAUAUGCCAGGAGUUUACCCUUAACCAAAAAUUGGUCACACGUGGAGGGCAAUCAUAAUUUUCGUAUGUAGGGUGGAAAUCGAAUAGCAUCGUCAGACCAAAUAUUGAAAUUAUGAAUAUCAAACUGUAUUCUAAAAUUAAUUACAAUUUCAAUCGAAAAAAUAGAUUCGGUGUCUCAUCCUCACUCCAUAAAAUUUUGUUCGGUAUCGAGAUAUACCAGAUACCAAAUUACUUUUCUUCAAAUUACAAAUCAAAUAUAGCAAAUACUAGCCCUACAAAAACCAUUCUCAAAACAUACAAAAACAAACAAUGAUGUGGUGCCAACACUAGUACAAACCAAAAUGGAAAAAAAAAUCUCAAGUAUAAUAACAAGUUAACAACACACUAGAAAAGUGUGGUGCCUAAGAAGCAAAUUAACAACUAAACCAACAAACUCAAACAAGGAACGACUCAGCAACCCAUAAACACUAUAUAAGAAACAAAAUGAGGUUGGUAUGAGUUGUCAAAUAGCGAGAGAAUGAACUAUGUAUAAUUAAGCGACCAUCUUGGCUAUUGAAGGUAUGGUAGUAGUGAGUGAGUGAGUCUAGUUGAGAGGGAUAAAAUAUACACUAGCUUAUAUUUCAGUACUGAUCGAGUUUUCGGUAUAUACCAAUCUCAAUUUCAUAAUUUCUAAUAUCAAAUAACACUUGAAAUUCAAUAUCAUUCCCAAUCCCCCAAAAAAUGUAAAUUCGAUAAUACCAAAUAUCAACAAAUUCAAUACGAUGUUUGGUAUAUCACAAAUACCGGUACCAACGCCGCAUUUGUAUCUAUAAGUGACUGUUCCCAUCAACCCAUGUACCAAAUUAAACUAGUUUAUGGUCCUCAAAAGAAAAACUUUAUUAUGCUCGUAAAAUAAACAAUCGCAGAAUCACUGGAUCCACGCAGUCCAAUUAUUUACAAAGUUGGGUUGGGCCUAGAUUUAGUUUGCAGGGUUCCAAUUUGUUCACCUUUUGAUUGGGCUGAACGUAUUCCUACGAAUCAUGUGUCUGGACAUAACUGGGCCCAGACGGGCCUGGACAAGUAGAAAUGAUUACAGGCCGGCCGGUUGUUUGGUUGUGGGUUGUCUUUAUGCGUUCGGUGAGAGCUGUCAAAUUACAACGUGAACUCGAUAAUCCGUGAUUUUUUGGGUCGGGUUGGGUGAGUUAGCAGGUCGAUCCGUUCCAUUUUAGAUCACUCCCAAAAUGAUAAAAUCACCCAUAAAUUGGUGAUGUGUUUAAAAAAAUUCAUAAGAAUUUGAAAUGACAUGUUUGGAGUUUAAGGAUAAUCAAAUAUCAUGUGUUUCCUGUAAUAGUAUUACUCUUGUGAUUGUUUUUUGACGAUCUGCGCAGUUUGUAUUUCAUUUCAUUGAAGCAUGAGAGGAUUUGACAAUAUGUUACUUUGUUACAAUCCGAAAUUACUCCAACCCGAUCCGAUUGUGGGGUCUAAUUCACGACAUUAUUGGUAGUGUUAAUAGUUUAUUACGGCAUUAUUGGUAGUGUUUAUAGUUUAUUCAACAAUUGUGGAAAUUAAUAUUCUUAUCAUCAUAUAAAUACUCUCCAUGUGAAUCAGCACUCAGCAGUGUAUUCCACAGUCCACACCCGCCGACAAUAUAUCUAUCUUCUAUAUAUAUUGGGCCAUCGAUCGACAUCUAAGUCACAACACAUCCAAACCCAAAAACAAACACACCUUCGAAAUCUUUAGACAGAACCAGAAAAUGGCUGCUGCAACAUCCCUCCCAGCCGCCGCCGUUGCAGCACCGCCGGAAAACGCAGCCGCCGAAGCCAUGGAUCGUAUCUCGGCUAGCUAUCAUCUCACACUAUGGGGAGAUCGCUUCCUCUGCCAUGAUGAUUUAGCUGAUGAUGCUCAGGUGAAUUAUUCGCGUCACUAUGUGAUUAGAGUAUUGAAACUAGUUGGUUUAUUACAGUGUGAUUUGCCUUCUUACAAUCGGAGUAGUCAAAACCCCGACUUAAAUCCUAAAAUCCUACAUUUUUUUUUUUACGAUUUAACUUAUCUAUUCCGAUUCUGAUUUCACUAUAAAAGCUAUGGACCUUAAAAUCCUACACUAUUCACGAUUUAAAUCUUUAAAGUCUUACGAUUUUAUGAUUCAAAUGUUUGUGUCAAUUUUACUUAUUUUCUCCAGAAUUUGCAAAAUUACGCCUCUCUUUCUUCUUCGAUCCCUCCACCAACAACCACCAUAGACUAUAAUCAAUCCACAUAAAUGUAUUAAUCAUCAUCGAUUCACCACCUCUUAACAUUAACCUUGAUAAAUUGGAACAUUAACCUUGAAAAAUUAUCAUUGUAAGUGCUAUGUGUUCUUGUGUUAUUCAAGAUUUUUCUUACUAAUAUUAUUCCUUCAUUUCUAUAUGGACCUUAAGAUUCUACAAUUUUACGAUUAUGAUUUUAUCCACAUUUUUUCGAUAUUACGUAAAAUCCCUAUUUUGCCUGCUUUGCCUAUAGUAUACAUGUUAUCAAAUAUGCAGUACUUCUAUUAGAAUUUCCAUCCACUUUGUUUUAACCAUUAUCGAACCAGCGGUUCAACCGCGCGACUUGAAUCACAAAAGUACCCUCAAUUAUUUUCUUUGUCGCUGAAUCAUUUAUGUAAAUUGUUACAUUUUAGAUAGCUCAUCGAGCUCUGCUAGAAACCGAAUACGAGUCUUUAAAGGAAGAUGUGAGGAAGAUGGUGAUGAUAGUUGAUGAUGAGGACGAGGAGACCGUUGUUGGGCUCGGGCUCAAGCUCCAGUUGAUAGAUGCAGUCCAACGAUUAGGUGUGGGAUAUCACUACGAGAUUGAGAUUGAGGAAUCACUUGAGAAAAUCCAUGGACUUGGAGAGGAAUUCCUUACCCACGAGAAGACGGAUCUCUGCCAUGCGGCUCUUUGGUUUCGUCUUCUCAGACAACAAGGCCUUCAUGUUACCCCAGAUAUGUUUACAAAGUUCAUGGACAAUGAUGAUGAAGAAAAGUUGAAGGAAUCGUUGGCAUCGGACGAACAAGGGCUGCUAAGUUUGUACGAGGCAGCACAUGUUGCCGUCCAUGGAGAAGACAUACUAGACAAAGCCCUGGUCUUUGCAACGAAGAACCUAAACUCCAUUCUCACCACCAAGUGCACUCCCCAAUUCCAAAAGCAAGUGAAGUUUUCCCUUAGCCUUCCUCUGUGGAAAUGUGUCCCCAGAACACUCACUAGGCACUACAUCGACUUCUAUUCCGAGGACCAUGGCUUCAUCAACAAUGAAAAACUCCUAAGGUUCGCAAAGUUGGACUUCAACAAGCUGCAGAAAUGCCAUCAGAGAGAGCUGCGCGAGAUCACAGAGUGGUGGGGAGGCCUGCAAGUACCCACCAAAUUUCGGUACGCCAGAGACAGAGUUGUGGAGUGCUAUUAUUGGAUCUACGCGGUUUACUUCGAGCCCAGGUAUCACUCGGCAAGAAUCAUACUCACCAAGAUCAUAUCGAUGCUGUCCCUCUUAGACGACACGUACGAUAAUUUUGGCACGUACGACGAGGUUGAAAUCCUUACAACGGUCAUUCAAAGGUUGGAUCCGAGCCCGCUUGAAUCAUCACUACCCAACGAAAUGAAGAACAUGUAUCGUGUCAUUAUUGACCUAUACGAUGAAAUCGGGAUCGAACUAUCGAAAUCAGGACCUACUUUUGCGGUUGACUAUGCUAAGGAAGAGUUGAAGAAAUUGUGUCGAUCCUACUUGGCUGAGAUCCGGUGGCGCACCAAAGGCCAUGUUCCAACUUUGGAAGAGUACAAAAAGGAGGCUUAUGUGACCAGCGCUUUCCCCAUCCUCUGCACAUCUGCGUUUGUGGGCAUGGGAGCAGAAAUAGCCACCACAGAAGCUUUUGAUUGGGUAACCAAUGAACCCAAGAUGGUCAAAGCUGCUUCCGUCAUUUGCAGGCUCCAAAACGACAUCGUUUCUCACAAGUUUGAGCAGAACAGGAAGCAUGCUGCUUCGGCAGUUGAAUGUUACAUGAAAGAGCACGAUGCGCCCGAGGAGGCGGCAGUUGAAUUCCUCCGGAAGGAGAUUUCGGAGGCCUGGAAAGACAUUGCUGAAGAGUGUCGGAGACCAACUCCGUUGCCCGUCGCUCUCAUGGAUCGUGUUCUCAACUUUGCGCGCUCCAUCAGCGUGAUAUAUGAAAACGGCGACGGUUACACCGAUUCCCAUCUGCUCAAGGCUCACAUCGCUUCGUUGUUCGCUCAUCCUGUUUGACCGACGACCUCUUUCAACACCAUCUCCAUAAAAUAACUAGACACAGUGCUAGUUGAUCCUGUGUCUAAGUGUGCUGAUUUUAUUGCUAACCGUAGUCACAUGUUAGACUCGGGUAUCUAUCCAUGCCAUUUUCGAGCUUGUCCGGUUUCGAAUGAAGUAUUAAUUUUAUU